AUGGAGCCCACAACCCUGCAGAAGCAAGCGAACGCCCGAGGCUCGGCCGGCGGAUUUUCUGAUGCAGCACUCGACGUAUCACCAAUCCCAGGGAUUGAGCGUGAGAACGCGAAGAUAUUCACUCCCCUACGCAUAGGAGACUUGAGAUUACAGCAUCGAGUUUUUCAUCCGGCCAUGGGCCGCUCGAGGUCCAUCAAUGGUGCUGAAAGUCCAUUGGCCAAAGAAUACUUCUCUCAGAGAACCACCGCUGGCAGUCUGAUGAUCUCUCAGGCUACAGGCAUCACAGCAGAUUCGGUCGCGUGGCCGUGGGCGGCAAGCCUACAUAAUUCAGCUCAGCAAGCAGCUCUUGUUCCCAUCAUUAAAGCUGUUCAUGAAAAUGGGGGAUAUUGGUUCCAACAGCUCUUUCACGUUGGUCGAUGCACGACACCUGCCCUUGUAAAACGCGCCCGGAAUCAAGCAGGCUUAUAUAACCCACCACCAUAUGGGUACCGACCAGUAUCAUCCUCGAAUGUACCCGAAUCGGCAAUCAACACCCACUCAGGGGAAAGUUCGGGAGCUCCCCACGAUCUAUCCAUCCAAGAAAUUCAUGAUCUUACGAACCACUUCAAGAGUGCUGCAAAAAGAGCAGUGAAUGCUGGCGCGGAUGGUAUUGAGAUUCUGGCGGGCAAUGGCUGGUUGAUCGACCAGUUCUUGCAUGACAACAUCAACAAACGUAACGACGACUAUGGUGGAAGUAUCGAGAAUAGGUCUCGAUUUGCCCUUGAAGUGGUGGAAGCUGUCGCGGAAGCUGUUGGCUAUCAGCGGAUCGGAAUUCGCCUCAGUCCAUUCUCCUUCUUCCACGAAACCGAUGGCUCACAGCCUCUAGAGCAAGUCCUUCAUCUUUCUGCUGAACUUGUUCGCCGCGGAAUUGCCUAUCUCCAUGUUGGGCAGGGAAAGUUUACCCGCGGCCUCAGUCUUUCGCAGAACGUUCAACGCUUGGUGAGCAAAGGAAUUGCUGCUGAAGACAUUUCAUUGCGACCUUUUCGCCAACUACUUGAUACCACUCGUCCUAUUGACCCUCUUCAUAGUCCGGCCGCACUGAUAGGCAAUGGAGGUUACAACGGCACCUCGGCCAUUCUGGCAGUUGAAGAAGGCCUGGCAGAUGGUAUAUCCUUCGGCAGGCGUUUCAUUUCGAACCCAGAUCUUGUUAAACGCUUGCAAUUGGGCAAACUAUUGACACCUAAUAACACCUCCACCUUUUACAGCCAUGGAGCCGAGGGUUUCAUAUCAUAUGACCCCCAUGACAACAAACAUGAUGGCUCCUCUGAAACUUCAUUAACAUCAGACGACAUCUCAUCAGACACACCGCCGUCUGCCCCACUCGUCGAGCAUGGCAAUCGGAGUGUGGCUAUCAUCGGCGCUGGGGUCAGCGGUAUUGCUUCGGCUGCCGCAUUCAGCCGGGUUGUAGGCUUCGAUCUACACAUAUUCGAGCGUCAGAGUGCAUCGGGAGGCGUUUGGCUCUAUGAUACUCAUCGGGAUUCCGUACCCGUGCUCCUUACUGAGAAUUCGACGGUGGAUGGCACGACUCCUAGAUCACUAUCAGGAGAAUUGCCAGUCACAGAGCCAUACAGCAGCCCCCAAAUCCAAAUUCCUGCAGCUGCACUAAAUCCCAAAAUCCGAGUGAACUUUCCUUACAAUGUUCUCAGUCAGGGUAGUAUGUUCGAAACCAGCUUGCUGCAGGAGCCUGAGAACCUCUCCUUGACUUGCAAAGACAUUUCAGGCGCGGUAGCACGGAAAGCCAAGGACUUCGAGCAUCUGAUUCAAUACCAAACAACUGUUGAGAAUGUCGAAAGGCUGGACAAUGACCGAUUACGCCUCAGAUUUCGUAAGAAGAACCCAGACAACACGGAUACGUGGUCAGUUCAGGACUUCGACCAUUUGAUCGUUGCAACUGGCCAUCAUUCGGGUCCACUGGCUCCGCACUUUUACCCAUUCUUGUCGGAGGUGCGGCCACCGUCGGUGUCGGGAUAUCGAGUACCAGCAUUAUAUCAACACAUAUUUGACAUGCAUAACCCAGCUACCAUUGCAUUCAACGGAGUACCGAGCGGUCCGAUUCCAUGGCUUACGUGGGAGAAGUCUGCAUUCCUGAUAGCAUUACUCUGGUCUGGGAAAAUCAAAUUGCCCUCCAGGGAAGAUCAAGAAGCAUGGGAAACGAGGCGAGUUGCACAGACCGGGGAUCGCAAAUUCCAUGCUUUGGAGGAGAUAGUGGACCAAGUCCUGUACUUCGAUGAGCUCAAUGAGCUUGCUGAAGACUACCUUUUUACCGACAACCGGGAUGACCUUCUGCUGCGCAGCUUCCCGUUCAGCUUGGUGUUAGAGAUCAUCAACUCAAAGAAGUUUCAUGCUGAGUCGUACAGUGGUGUUACCUCCUAG